UCAAAUGGGUAGGCCCAUCAACCCGAAAAGCCCAUAUCUGGACGACGUCGUUGUGGAGAAUUCACCCUUCCCUUCAGACUUCAUGUCGACUUUUAAAACGACGUCGUGCAGUGAAGGAUCGACAAUGGCGACACACAACCUCUCAUUAAUCCUUCUCCUGGCUUAUAACCGAUUCACGUCCCUUUGGAUCACUGCUCAGUUUCUGUGCCAUCAACGACACCAUUUCAGUUUCAUAUUCAUAUUAGGAAAGGAAAAUGCAAGUACAAAUCCUACUAGAAAACUACUUUUUUCCUUCUUCGCAUUUUAACCCAAUUAUCUCCGUUUCCUAAUCUGCCUUUGUUUUUGGAAAUCCGUUUCCGAAUCGUAUGAGUGAGAAUAUAGUGUAUAUAUACGUAGAGCUUACUUCACAAAGGGUUAUAUGUGUGUGAGCUUGUUUCAGAAAGAAAAGAACGUUUGUUUUCUCUCUUGUUUUCUCUCUUGUUUUCUCGUAAACCAAGCACAGCCUUCAAACGUAGGAUGGAGGAGUCUUGGUGGGUAUUCUUAUCCCGUAACUGGACAAAGCUCAAGUGUUUGCUUGCUGUGACUGAGUAUGAGUUAAUGGAGGUGCGGUCUAAAUCCCGGAACCGAAGCAGCCCAAGCUCCGGUAAUGGCGUUCUCCGCACGUCCAAGGACGUUGAAGCUGAACCCAGUACCCGAGUUAGGUCGAUGAAGAGGAAGUCCAGAGAAGAUCUAGGAAAGAAACCAAUGGAGGACGCUGUAGAUGCUGAACCAAAGAAGAAACUAAAGGAGAAGGAAACCAACAAGAAAGUACAAAAAGUGAACGAUCUCAUGCAGGUGGUACCAGAUUUACCAGAGAGAUUUAGAACAGUGAUUAAAGAAAUGCAAGGGAAUGAUCAUCAAGAACCAAUCUUGGUGAUCCAAAAACGACUGUUCGCCUCCGAUUUGGUACAGAACAAUAAUCGCUUGUCUGUUCCGUUGAAUCAAGUGAGGACAGAGUUCUUGACACCAGAAGAGAAUAGAUCUUUAGACAACAACUCGAAAUUGUCUGUGAAUAUUAUCGAACCUUCGCUUCAAGUUUCAGAUAUUACUUUAACCAGGUGGGAGAUGAGGAAGUCGAAUGGGAAAAUCAACUAUAUGUAUGCUUUUAUUAGUACGUGGACUGCUAUUAAUAAAAGAAACAGGCUUCGUGUUGGAGAUGUGAUUCAACUCUGGGCUUUUCGGAAAGCCGACGGAACGUUCGCUUUCGCUCUUGUUAAGCUGGAUGGUGAUCAGGCUGGUUCUUCUUCUGGCAGUGGCAAUAACGACGGGGCUGGAACUUCCGGUAGCCAUGGCGAAGAAGAUGGGAAUGGAAAUAGCGGUGAUGGGAAUGGAAGUCCUGGUACCCACGGCGGAGAAGAUGGGAAUGCUAAUAACGACAACGGGGCUGGAACUUCCGGUAGCCAUGGCGGAGAAGAUGGGAAUGGAAAUAGCGGUAAUGGGAAUGGAAGUUCCGGUAGCCAUGGCGGAGAAGAUGCGAACGGUAAGAGCGGAAGUUCUGGUCGGGAGGGUCGUAGAGAUGGCGUAGAAGAAGGUGACAAUGGCACUGGGGACUGUAGCCGUGGCAGAGAAGGAGAGAAUUGCAAUGGGGAUAACAGAGAUAAGAGUGGAAGUCUGGAUUCACCUACCAAAUUGGCUUUUCCUUUCGAUUUGAACGAGGAUUAUCCUGAGGAGUUACUCUGUUGA